ACAUUUACAUCCGGGGAACUGAAAUGAAAGUCGGCCAUGUUUGAUGUUUGGAAACAAUUUUGAUGCUUGUUGACAAAGUUUCGCACGAUUUUUGAAGUAUUUCACCGAUAGCGAACCUAUUUAAUGCUAAAUGUGAAUAGAAAACCAGUCAUAGAUAUCACAUGGAUACAGCACUAAGACCUUAUCUCUUGGAAAACCGGUGAAAAUGAUUUCAAAAAGCGGGACAGUCGGCCAAUACACAAACAUGUUGACAUUUUUCAGACCAUUGACUUGUCCGUUGAUACUGACACUAGUUUUAUUACAUGGUGGCUUAUCAGCUGGUGCAAGUGCAUCUCCGCAAGACGAGACUGUAGAUGUUGUAGAAUGUGAGCGUUUAGACAAAAAUGACCCACAGUGUAAAAAUGGAGGCUGUCUACAGAAAUGUGAAGGCUCACCCAAGGCUUACUGUUUUGCUUCAUGGAAGAAUGGCACUGAUGGAAAAGUUGAAUAUGUAAUGAAAGGUUGCUGGUCAGUGGAUGAAGAUUGUGUCAACAAAUCACAGUGUGUACAGUCGCCAUCAAUUAAACACCUCAAUUUCUGCUGCUGUUCUGACCCCAUGUGCAACACAAACGUGAAAAAUGUCUACUAUCCUCCAACCUCACCACCUACUAGCACUGAGGGCAACACGGCAAUGAAGAAACUGCCCAAUGAUAAGCUGACCAGAACUCUCAUUUACUCCAUUGUUCCGUUAGUUGGAGUUGCAGCUGUUAUCGUUCUCGUUUUCUGGAUGUGGAAACGAUUCAAACGACAGGUGUAUGAAUAUCAUGAGCAGUUACCAACAGUCGACCCCAUUCAUAACAUGCCACCGUCUCCCCACCCACCUCGUCCUUUGAAGCUUGUGGAGGUUCGAGCUCGUGGUAGGUUUGGAUCUGUAUGGAAAGCUCAGCUACAUGAAGAAGUUGUAGCUGUCAAGAUCUUCCCACUUCAGGACAAACAGUCAUGGAUGACUGAGCAAGAUAUCUACAGGUUACCUCAUAUGCAGAGCCAUGACAAUAUUCUACGGUUUAUCGGAACAGAGAGAAGAGGAGAAAAUUUGAACCUAGAGUUAUGGCUUAUCACAGAGUUCCAACAAAACGGGUCAUUAUUUGAAUAUCUUAAAGGAAACACUGUCACUUGGAGUGAACUGUGUAAAAUAGCAGAAACAAUUGCCAGGGGGUUGUCAUUUUUGCAUGAUGAGAUCCCACCAACAAGGGGAACAGAGGCUAAGCCAGCUGUGGCUCAUAGGGACUUCAAGAGUAAAAAUGUCCUGAUAAAAUCUAAUCUCACAGCUGUCAUUGCCGACUUCGGUCUUGCCCUCAAGUUUGAACCAGGGAAAAACCCAGGGGAAACUCAUGGACUGGUUGGGACUAGGCGCUACAUGGCCCCAGAAGUGCUAGAGGGUGCAAUCAGUUUUAACAGAGAUGCAUUUUUACGUAUCGAUAUGUAUGCAUGUGGUCUGGUUCUGUGGGAGAUAAUGUCAAGAUGCACGGCUGCAGAUGGGCCAGUAGGAGAUUAUCAGCUGCCAUUUGAGGAGGAGAUAGGUCAGCACCCGACAUUGGAAGACAUGCAAGAGUUAGUUGUCAUUAAUAAAGUGAGGCCUUCAAUCAAGGAUCACUGGCAGAAACAUCCGGGUCUUGAUGCAUUAGCAUCAACAGUUGAAGAGUGUUGGGAUCAUGACGCGGAAGCUCGAUUGUCGGCAGAUUGUGUGCUAGAACGGGUUUGUCAACUCAGUAGGACAAUGAAUACCUCAAACCUUUCUACGAGUAACAGUGUUGUAAACUCACAACAACCUCUUAUAAUUAAUACCAACCAGGGAUUACCUCCGGUAUCACCAAUAGUUGUGCAGACUAUUUAAUUGUUACUAUGGUAGCCGGGAUGGUUGCCAUAGAAUACAAUACACAUCUUCAACAACAGUUACCUCGCAUUAUAAUGGCCUUGUUUUUAUUUAUAAAGGCAACAAACUUUUUUUAGAAUCUAAUGAUGCAGGUUUUCAUUUUUGGACGGUAAAUUUACUGCCAUUGUGUCAUUAACUAUUUCCUAAAUAGACCAUACUUUUAAAUGAUGGAUUAGGUCUUUAGCAAAUUUUUAAACUGUGGCUGGGAACGAUUUCCAGUGUAUUUUAAUUUCCUAGCAGAGCACAACACGUGUAGAUGCUGUUUUAAAGGUAGCUAUGGAAGUUUGACUACAUACCUCAAGAUUUUUGUGUGUUUAUUCAGUUAUUAAUAUCAUGCAUUAAUACCUCAUUGAAACUUUUAAGGACUGUGUGAAUUUUAUAAGUUUACUAUUUUACCACUUUUUUGCAGGAAAAAAUAUUGGAAGUGGGUUUGAAUUAUAAAGAAAUUAAGUUAAUGAGAUGAAAUAUUUUCUGCAUAUUGGACAGUUAUGCAUGGAAUGCUUUUACACUUCUGGAGCUUGAAGUGUUGAAGGAAAAUUACUGUGUGAUCUUGGUAAUUUCUGUAUAAAAUUUGUAGCCUAGUGCAGAUACACGUCAGUUACUGCAUUAUAUGUGUAAAUCACUGUUGUUUAAGCAGUAAAUGAUACCUUACUUUACUUUAUUUAUACUCGGACCUUGAAGGAGACGUACUCCUCACACUGAUAUGUUGAAUGAGAAGUACUUAACUCAUACAUGUGUAGAAUGAGAAGUACUCCACACAUUCGUACAUUGAAUGAGGAGUGUGUAGAAUGUGAUGCAGUCAGCUUACUGAUGUGUUAAAUGAAAAUUACACCACACACAGACUUAUUUUAUGAGAAAUAUUUCAUACACUGGUGUUUAAUGUGAAGUGCUCUGCACACUGAUAUGUUGAGUGUGAAGAACUCCACAUAUUUAUGUAAUUCAAACACAGAUGUAGUAAGAGGAGGAGUACUGCUACAAGACUGGAGUGAGAUAUUAUGUUUGAAUGGAACAUUUAAAUGCCAUAUUAUUGAGUAAUUAGAUGUUGUUAUUAAGAAGGAAUGUAUCAACAUUGUAAGCACAUAUGAUAUCAUAAACUUAGUUUACUAUUGUAAUGAACACAUUUUGGUAAAACUUAUCACUAACUGUUUUAUAUGUUUGAUGUUAAGAUCUUGGAAGAAACCUACACAAUAUUUUCUGAUUUUGAAACAGCUGGAAAUUACCAGUCUGGAAUGAAGUUGUUUAAAUAUUAGUGUUUUUCAAACAAAACUGACAUAAAAUUUUCCAUUUUAUUGGUAUGAGUCAAGAAAAUAUUUCUACUUGCUACUGUAAAAGUUUAAUAUACUUGUUGGCAUUAGUUUGAACUAUAACUGUAUGUCUGAUAUUUUAUGUGUGGAAACAUGAUAUAUGUAUCAUUAUUAAUGUCAUAUUGUUAUAGUAGACACAUAGGGACAUUUCUGAUCUACUGUUUGAUUCAUAGAUUGUGUGAUAGAGUUUUUCAGGAGUUUUUCCUAAUAUUGCAAGAGUCAAAAAUAUUACACAUAUUUUUUUAAAAGGUCACCUUGAGUGGUAGUUGAAAGUUAUUCAGUUUUGAAUAUGUCAUGAACUACUUAAACUUUAUUCUAUACUGGAAAAUCUUUGGUUUGUGUUUGGAAAAUUUUUGAUUUGUGGCCCUUAGUGCAUUAUGUUGCAUUAAUUAAUGAUAAAGUGAUCUGACAAGAAAUGGAGACAAAGUUAAAGUUUUUUAAAACUUCAACAGCCUAAACUGAAUGAAAUUUGCAGUGGAAAAUUAGUCAUCAGCAAGAUAUUAUGAAAUUGAACUCAAAACUGAGCAAGAUAUUUACAAAAACUAAAGUGUUUUUUAGACAUAUUUAAUAUAUGUUAUCAAUGAUACCAAGUUGUUUCAUCAAGGAAAAUGAUAGAAAAAACUCUGUUACAUAAUAAUAUGUGAAUCAAAUGUAAAACAUUGAAAUAGGGCAAAACUUGCAGGUUUUUGUUGACCAAGCAGUAGGUCACAAAACCAACAUGUGAUUUAUUAAGGCAUUAAAGAAAAGGCAGCAAACAGGUCACAAAUAUACAUGUGUUAUAGCUGCUGUAUAUGACCAGAACUUCUAGGUCAUGGCAGGAACAUAUGUACAAGUUAAACUAGGGACCUCAGUGUAUCAUUUUCUGGACAGAUUGAGUUUUUCUGCUGUCACUGUUGGGCUGAAAGUUGAGCUGAUACUGGAGAAAAAGUUGAAAGAUGAUAUUAAAACAGAUUCAUGAAAGCUUAAUUCUUACAACUAUUUAGAGUUUGUUAAUUGUUGUAACUUUUAAACCAGGCUUGUUUUUAUAUCCCCCAUAAACGAAGUUUGGGGGGGUGUAUAUAGGAGUGAGCUUGUUGGUCUGUCGGUCCGUUGGUUUUCAUGGUUUUCCAGACAAUAACUCAUGAAAGCUUUACAGAUUAAAAUAAUUUUUGGUACACAGGUGUAGCAUCAUAAAAUACAAAUCAUUUUAUGUUUGAAAUAAGUCUAUUAAAUUUAACAAUAAUUGAUAAUUUCCAACCUUAAACAUUUUGUAUACUAUUAAAACAAAACAUUUACACAAUUAACCGUGUAAUAAUUGAAAUCAUUGUCAAAUUAUAACACUAGGCUCUUUCACUAACACUCGUUUUAUAUUUUUCACCUUCAAUCGCACCUUCUUGUGGCCAUUUCUUUUUAUGGCUGCCAUACUUCUGUGACAAGGCCGUAUUGUUGGGGUAUUAUUCAUCACUCCUGUGACAGUUCUAGUUUGUUUGUUAUGUUUUUUUAAGCAAUUAUUUCUUGCAUUAAGUUAUUUGUGCUCCUUUUUCACUCUAGAACUAGGCAGUGUAGACCUCUUUUCAAAGAUUUUUUUUUACACAUUUUUAGCCUAAAUUUAUUUGAAAUUACAUACCGGGGUAUUGUGCUACUACAACUAUUUAUCAAUGAUAUAUAGGAAGUCUUGUAUGAAGAAUAUCAAAUUUUUAUUCUUAUUUGUUGUUAAAAUGCUGUUUCAUCAUGUAUGUGGGUUUGAAACCGGUUUACCUAAAUUUUUAAAGAAAAUUUUUAUAUGACAUUUCUAAAAAGAAGGGUGACAGACAAUAUUUCUGAAAAGGAUUUGAAGUGUUAUACUCCAGAUUUUAUGAAAUGUUGUAAUGCGUGUCUGUUUGAAGGUACGUGUUCAGUGAACAUUUUCAAAGCAAUUUUUUAAAUGCAGUGUUGAAAUCAGUGGCCGUUAAGAGAGUAGUGAAGUAUAUAUCAACUUACAAAAUCAGCAAACAUUUCAUGCUCAGGGUUAUGGUUCAUUUAAAACAAAAUGUUACCAUAAAUAAAAGGAAUAAAUACUAUAUAUCCUUAAUAUUGCCCAGAUAGGACAUAUAUCUUUAAUACUUAAAUGCAGUAAAAUGUCAGUAUAAAGUAAUGUAUAAUAUUUUAACUGUGUGCGAGUGAUGAACAAACUGAUAAUUUUCAUGCUAUGUUUUUAUGUUUGUGUAAGAUUUUUUUCAAGUGCCAUUGUAUUAGCAUUGUAUGUAUAUUUAAAUAUUGACUGCUUUAAUACUGUCAGCAGAUACUGUAUUUUCAUGUGACCAAAAAUUCAAGAAAUAUAUUGUUCAGAAGCAUUCUAAAUAUACAAGGUUUUUUCUUCAUGUAAGUCAUAAAUACUAUCCUUAAAAGGAAUUUAAAUCAGAGAUUUUACCAAGGACUAAUUUUCAAGAAACAUAAAUCCAGUUUUAAAGUUCUGUUUCUGCGGUUUAGAGCAAGGAUCAAGUCAUUCUUACUAACUCCGUAUGGACUACACUUCCUACUUAAACUGUAUAUACAUGCACACGCCCACUCCUUAUAGACAUGUAUUUAUGUUGUUGUUGGUUUUUUUUCUUUACUAGAGUUGGCAGACAGUUUUUUUAUUACUUGGCAUUUUGUUUUGGUGGGAAAUCAUGUUCAGAUGUUUGAAAUGGGAAGUUCAAAAGAUACUGGCAGAUAGUGGCAUAAACCAUGUAAAUUUUACCUUCAAGUCUUUUGGCUAGGCACUUCAAUUAAAAUUAAACAUGUUUUUUAUGUUGUUUUUUUUUUUUCAGGUGGAUUUUGAUCAGAUAUUUUAAAUUUGUUGUGACACAAUAUGUUAUCAGGGAAAAUAACAUAUAUAAUAUAUCUCAGAUAAAUGAUUAUACCUCAUUAUACUAGUGGUUUAACCCUUUCACCCCUCAUUUUCUAAGAUUGACUCCCCUUUAGUUUUAUUUUGGAAUGUUCCAGACAUUGAAAAAAGGUAGAUGAUGUUUAACAGUUGAUUGAGUCCUUGUCUUUGGAAAAGACACUUUAUAAUCAUAUUUUGGAAUGUUCCAAAUAAAUUUUAAGGGAAGAGAGGGUUAACUAGUGUAUUUAUAUGCAUUGACCUCUGAUGUAGAUUGAGUAAUUGGGUAAAUGUAUAAUUAAGUACAUCUUAAUGCUGUUAGUAUUGGUGGACACACUGGCAUCAACAUUCUUCUUUAUGAAAGUCUAGUUGGAUCUUGAUGAGCUUUGGUCCAUAGAACUUUUUCAAGACUGUUUAAAUUGAUCUGCUGUAAUGCACAAGUCUAGUUGGAUCUUGAUGAGCUUUGGUCCAUAGAACUUUUUCAAGACUGUUUAAAUUGACCUGCUGUAAUGCACAAGCAUCUAAAGAUCUAAAAAUUGAAAACGUUUUCAGGAUUCCUUCUCAUCAAUGGUUUAAUGGAUUUUCACCUAACUGAGUAAUCAUUAACCUCUCACAGGUAUAUUCACAUCACUGUGAAAUGCAGCAUCAGAGCUAAGGAUUUUUAAAUACCUUAUUCUCAUGAUCCACUUGAUAGGUCUUCAUAAGAAAUACAUAGGUGAGCGAUUUAUACUGUAGUUAACUUAGUCCUCGUAUUCAUUUGUCCUAUCUCAUGUGUCUGUGGAUGGAUGUUGUGUACUAAAUACUAUGGGGAUUUUGUAAUAAGUUUGAAAAAAAAAACCUUCUAUAUCAUUAUGUACAUCAUUGUUAAUAUAUAUGUAGAUUCAAUGUUCAGUAUGUUUAAAUGGUCUACAUGUCAUGUGAUUUUGAUAUUAGUAAAACAGGUACAAGAAUGAAGUCGGAGUUAAGUAGGAAAACACUUUCAUUUUUCCUGCUGUUGGUUUUUUGAGCCAGUGUAUGCAACAUCUUUAAUUUGAUGUAACAACUGAUCAAAUUAGUCUGUGCAGUAGUUAUUAAAACAUAACAUUAAUAUUAAUGUGGUCAUCUCUAUAAGAUAGUAUUUUAACUCUGUUGGACAGUCUUAACUUGUUGCUGAUCAUUUAUUAUUGUUUCUAUGUAUGGGUUAUGAAAUUGUGUUGUUCAUAAUUUUUCACAGGGAAUCUAAAAUAGAUAACUUACAGUAGAUAUCUCAUUGCAUUUUUAAACAAGAAUAUGGCCAGUUUAGGUGAAUAUAUCAUUUAAUUUCUUUCAGCUGUCACAUUUGCAUAAAAACAUGGUUGGUGUACAAAUCUGAAAUAGAAAGAAGAUAAAUAUAUCAUGGGAGCUGACCAUGUUAUUAUAUGCACCUGUGACGGUUUAAAAUAAAAUGAGCAAUACUAACUGACAUUAGUGUUGUGCCAUAGUCCUUAAGACUUGGGUAGAGCUAUGUAGUCCUGGUUCUAGCAAAAGUUCAGACCUUUAUUUUUAUUAGGUGAUGCAGAAAAGUUGCAGAAAAGCAUGGCGAGCUUCUGGGUUUUUGAAUGUCUGUUAUCUGUAAGUCAGUCAUCCAUAGUUGGUUGCUUUAUACUCUAAUGUCCACAUUUCUGAAACAGUCGUAAUCAAUAUAAAACACAAUGUAUAUGGCUAUAAGAUCUUAUUCUCGUUGGAUCAAAUCAUACCAUUAGGUCAAGAGUUACAGUCUUUGAUUUAUCAUUGUAUUUGUACAGGUUAUAAUUUUGGUCAGAUAUGAACGAUUUUUCUGGAGUUAUGGGGCUUUUAAUUUUGCAAAAAUUGAAUUUAUUCAUGACAUGUUCACAGAUUGUUUCACCAAGUUGAUCAUAUUUUGACUGGUGAGCAGUAUUGGGUUAGUUAGACCCUCUUGUUUAAUAUUCUACCGGUGAUAAAAAGUUUGUAUGUUGGAGAAAGAGAGGGAGAGAGAGGAUUGUGAUUUUGAUUAUUAUAACUGUUGCCAUUUUGAUGAUGUAUUUUACACGAUAAUGAUAAAAAGCAGUUUUAUUAAGCAUUAUUUUUACACUCAAUGAGGUUUUCUUACUAAAGAAUAGUUUGAAUUAUUGAGAAUGAAUUAUUAUAAAUUUUACAGGUAUUAAAUGGCAGGUUUCAUUCAAUUGUUAAUGUGUUAGACAUUAUUUCACUUCAGAAAUGAAGUUAUUUGUAGAUAAUUGUAAUAUCUGUGGGACAUAUUAGUCCAAAAUCAUUUAUUAAUGUUGGCAUUAAAACUUGAGGUUUCAGCUCAAACUGUCAUUUUAUGUGGACAUGAAUAAGUAGAUUUCAAACUUCAAAGAUUAAAUAAAGGGACAGUUUGAUUUUUGGUUUAGAUUUAAUUUCAUGGAUUAAAUGCAACCACAAAAUUCACUAUUUAUUAAAAUCAGUCACCAUGAAAGUUAAUGGGUGUUUUUUUGAAAAUUCAACAGAAUUGUCCAUGUAACAACAUAGUGAAGGAAUGAAAAGAGGAAAAAUGUACUUCAGUGUUAUAGAGCAAAUAUAUAGACCACAUGUGAGGGUAUAGAACUGAGAUUGGAGGCCUGUCUGGGAUUGUAACCUAUGCUGUAAGUUAAUUUCAAAAAUGUGUUCAGAAACAACCAAGUAAAUGUUUCGGGUUUCUGAAACGGGUCUUCAAACUUGGCUUUAACUUUGGACCCUGUUUUGUCAUGUAACUUUCUGUAAAUAUUUCAAGAUUAAAGUAAAUUAGAAAGGAAAGAUUUAUUUUAUCUGACAAUGCUGUAAGUGCUUAAAAAUGAUUAAUGAGGAAAUGUUGAAAUAAUUUUUAACCUCGUUUUACCUUUUCACCCCUACUUUCUGCAAUGAUACAUGCCUAAGGAGUCCAUGGUAGAUAUAUAGGGUUGAAAAGGUUUCAGUUAUCUUCGAAUCAUUAUAUUUAUGUUGUGUAUUGACAGUAAACAAUAUGCGGGUUAUUAUAUAAUUGAUCAUGUAUAAAGCUGUACAAAUGCUUGAAUUGUCAUUAUGUUGUCCUCAUUUAGUUUCAUCUCUACAACAUUUAGUACCUUUGUUAUAAUAAUUGUAAGGUUCAUACAGUUUUCUUUUAGAGUUUUCAGCUUUCAAUGCCAGGUCUGUUUAAACAUAGGCUACAAUAGGGAAUUGAACUCUUUUAAUGCCAGAUGUGUUUAAGCAUAAUGCUACAAGUAGGGAUUUCAACUCUUUCAAUGCCAGAUCUGUAUAAACAUAGGCUACAAGUAGGGAACUAAACUCUUUCAAUGCCAGAUCUGUAUAAACAUAGGCUACAAGUAGGGAACUGAACUCUUUCAAUGCCAGAUCUGUAUAAACAUAUUGCUACAAGUAGGGAAUUCAGUUCUUCCAUUGGCAGAUCUCUUUAAGCAUAUGUUAUAAGCAGUGAAUUCAACUCUUCUAAUGCCGUAAUCUGUUUAAACAUAAAUUGCACAGAGUGACAUUAACACAUCCUAUGACAGUGUGAAAUGUUAGUUACAAGUAAUUAUUACUAUUCUCUUAUUAUUAGGUUCAUUAGAUGGCUCUUAACUUAGGCAACUUUUCCUCUUUUUUUGCAUUUGUAAGUCAUUCAGAUAUUAUUGAAAAUCUGAUUUUUUUUUAUAUAGUGAUAUUGUAACUUAAACACCUAAGUUAUAAGAUGAGAAAAUGAUAGGGAUGUUUAAGAUGUAUAGUAUUAGGAAAAAUUAAAAUUUGUCUCAUAACAAUUAUUCUGGCCAUUUGACUUACACAUGAAAUAUAUGAAUAUUGGAAUGUGGUGUUAGUCAGGACACAUUUACUUAAAAUGAUGAAAUUUAUAUGAACAGGAAGGUGUAACGAUUUUGCCACAGCUGUGUUGUAGUUUUAUUAAAUAUUUUAAUGUAAGAAUUAAGUGCCAGAACUAGAUGCAAAGAAUCCUGUUAGUGUUAAUCAGAUAGCCAACUAGGUUAACUACUCUCAAAUGUCAUAGUACAGUAUACUUUGUGUUGUGAAAUCUCGAUAAUUUGGUUUUGUUUACAAACAAUAACCCUCAAUAUCAUAAUAAUGAAAAAGAUGAAACUGGUCUUACCUUUAUGCUUAUAAACAAUUCUUGCCAAAAAAUUGUAAAUUGAUUCUCUCAUAAACAUGUAGCCAUAGUUUCUGGAAUAUAACAUAAUGGUAUAAAAUCAAAUUAUUGUGUUUCAUCUAUACUUAGUAUACAGUUAAAUAAAAUUUUUAAUUGUAGAUAUUAUUUUUCACACAUCAUUGUGCUAAAGUUAGUGUUUUUGUUAAGCUGUCUGGUAAUAUGUUACAUUUCUUAGGUUGGUUUCUAGGGUAAGAAUUUUAUAGACCAUUCAAGAAUCAGUUGGUAAACAUGAAUGUAUCUUCAUAGGUACAAACAGCUAACAUCAUGCCCAAAAAUGAGUAGUUUCGUGCUGUGGGUUCCUUUGCUCUUUUUUUAUCAUUUACCAAAGGCAUUGUUCUGUUUAUUUACAGUUGUUGCACAACUGGUGUUGAAGUUGUCCAUUAUUUAGAUGAAAAAUGCAUGUGUACUGAUUAGUAAAUCAGAAAUAAGCUUUGGUAUUAAGUGAUUUAACAAAAGUGGUAUGUAGAAAAUGGUGAGGAAAAAAAGUCACAGGGUUGUUGGGGUUUUAUUGGAAGGUCUGGUUGUACCCAGGUGCCUGUCAAUGUCUGGAUGAGCACCAAGGGUUCCUCUAUCAUGGUGCUUGAAAGUGUGUUAUGACUUCACCAUGUGUUGGUGGGUCUUAAGCCCCAACAAAACUAACAAAUUAAUUUGACACAAACUUAAAGGGGAGAAAAUAUGUUAUAGGACGGAAUGGUCUAAAAUUCUUUUCCUGUUACUGUUAUUAUUCAGGUAUUUUAUAUGAAUUUAUUUCUUACUUUAGUACUGGUACUCAGCAGUUUGCCAUUUAAAUGUCUGCUUUAUUUUUUAAUAAGCUCUUAAUAUUGUAAAAAUUUUAGUAAAACACUUUUUGCCAUAAAACUUCUUCAACAUACACAUGAAAUUGUAAAUUUUUACUUGUGAAAUUGUUUUCUAAGAUAAUUUUUAGAAAUUUUAGAAUAUCAUUCACUCCCAUUGUAAGUCAUUGUUCAUGAUGAUAUUAUAUAAAUGCUGAUAGUAAUGUGAAAUAAAAAAUAGUGUUUGUUA